GGCCUCCGCGCUACCGGAGCCAAUGCUCGAUCUGGAGGUGGUGCCCGAGCGCUCUCUGGGGAACGAGCAAUGGGAGUUCACCUUAGGAAUGCCGUUGGCUCAGGCUGUAGCAAUUCUUCAGAAACACUGUCGCAUUAUCAAAAACGUCCAGGUCCUCUACAGCGAGCAGUCACCUCUUAGCCAUGACCUCAUCCUUAACCUGACUCAGGAUGGAAUCAAACUGCUGUUUGAUGCUUUCAAUCAGAGACUUAAGGUGAUUGAAGUUUAUGACUUGACUAAGGUGAAGUUAAAAUAUUGUGGUGUCCAUUUUAACUCUCAGGCAAUUGCUCCAACCAUAGAACAAAUUGAUCAGUCAUUUGGAGCAACACAUCCAGGAGUGUAUAACUCAGCUGAGCAACUCUUUCACCUCAAUUUCAGAGGACUGUCGUUUUCUUUUCAGUUGGACUCCUGGACUGAAACCCCGAAAUACGAGCCUAACUUUGCCCAUGGUCUGGCCUCUCUGCAAAUCCCGCACGGCGCGACUGUGAAACGCAUGUACAUCUACAAUGGAAACAGCCUGCAGGACACCAAGGCCCCCUUGAUGCCUCUCAGCUGUUUCCUUGGGAAUGUGUAUGCUGAGAACGUGGAUGUUCUGCGAGAUGGAACUGGACCCUCAGGUUUACGGCUUCGCCUCCUCACUGCAGGCUGUGGCCCAGGUGUUUUAGCCGAUGCCAAGAUGCGGGUAUUCGAGCGCUGCGUGUACUUUGGUGAUUCCUGCCAGGAUGUGCUCAGCACCUUGGGCUCUCCACACAAAGUCUUCUACAAGUCUGAAGACAAGAUGAAAAUCCAUUCGCCCUCGCCCCAUAAGCAGGUCCCAUCAAAGUGCAAUGACUACUUCUUCAAUUAUUUCACACUUGGAGUGGAUAUUCUCUUUGAUGCAAACACUCACAAGGUGAAGAAAUUUGUCCUGCAUACAAAUUAUCCUGGUCAUUACAACUUUAACAUUUACCAUCGCUGUGAGUUCAAGAUUCCACUCGUCAUUAAGAGAGAUAGUGCUGAUUCACAGACAGAAACGUGUACAACAUACAGCAAGUGGGACAGUAUUCAGGAUCUACUGGGGCACCCUGUAGAGAAGCCAGUGGUACUUCACAGGUCAUCAUCUCCAAACAACACUAACCCAUUUGGGUCAACCUUUUGCUUUGGACUGCAGCGAAUGAUCUUUGAGGUGAUGCAGAAUAAUCACAUAGCUUCUGUUACUCUGUAUGGCCCCACACGGCCCAGCAGCCAGUUGAGAACGUCGGACCUUCCCCAGUGAGCAUCCCCUGCAAAGUCAGCUAAUCUCAAUGCUACAGAAUUAGUACAGCGUGCCUUGAUUUGCUGCCACUUAUAAUAUGGAAAGCACGUUAUGAUUUUAUUUUUUUUCAAUAAGCCUUUCCACCCUGGAGUGGUGUGGAGAGGAAAUUUCUCUCAACCCUUCAUCAUGGGGCAUGGAACUGUUGAUGGAGGAAAGCAGCUUAGGUGCCUGUGCCGUCAUUUAUUCCUCUCCGUUGCCCUCAUCCUAUGCAGCACAGACGUGAAGAGACUGUCCCUCCUGCUCAGUUGGCAGAAGGGGGAAAUGGAAGAGGGGCACGUAAUGACUGCAAGAAUUAGAAGCACAAACUUUCUGAGCCUUGGAGCAUCUGGAAGCAGGUAUUGAUUUUAGUCUGUUUGUGUUACUGUAUUGAUGUGGUGGUCACAUUUUAAGAAAACGUGUGUGUAUAUAUAUAUAGAUCUAAACACCUCGGUAUUUCUGUGGCUUAGGACAUUGUACCAAGUGUGACAAGGAUGUAUAUAUGUCCAUGAUUUCAGGCACCACAUCUUUGUGUAACUUUAAACCAAGCAAGUAGCAUGUGCAUAAUACUUGGUUGUAACAUUUGCACUACAUACACUUUAAUUACUUGAUAAACGUUUAUCUUCACUGAGGAGCAUCUGUGUACUGGGUGUGAGUGGGGUGUGGUGGUUAUUUAAUGUACACUGCGCAUAAAGCUUAUUUAUACAGUGGAUCAAAUUUAUCCACCUUCCUGCACUAAUAUGUACUUGAUAUGCUGAUACAAUUUUUUUCUGUCAUGGCUGGUUUACUAAUUUUUUUCAUAUGCAAUUUCGAAAGAAAAAAAAAAUUCUGGAAGGGGUUAUUUCUAUGAUUGAAUUAUGUUUUAAUGAAAAGAUUUGAUACAAUUUUUCAUACUAGUGAAAAAUUUAACGAAGAAAUAAUGUUGCCUCAUUUGCCUCUGUUCCAAAAUCCUUUAUUCCUCCUCUAUUUCCUCAGAGAAAGAAAAGCUGUAUAUAAUGGUAUCUCAGAAAGAAAUUCUGGAAUUCCGCCAUCACCAAGAUAACCUUUUCUGUAACUUUUGAUGUAUGAUUUUAAUUUAUGCCAAAGGUUUAGCCAAAGACAUCCUCGUUGUAGUUUCACCAUUUCUGUACAUAGAUGCUAACUGCACACCCCACCCCAGCAGACAGGAUAGAGGCUUCUUUCUAGUUGGGAGAUGCUGCUCGCGACAUUUUAUCCCAGGAGGAUACUUUAGGUUUCUAGUUCUCUUACCAGUCUUAUUUGGGAGAAAAUAGGUGGUCUGUCUUUGAAAUAAUGAACCCUUUUUAAAAAUGGACAAGAGAAAUGUAUAAUUUUAUCCCAUUUUUAAUAUUUUGGUGUCGCAACUUGUGAUACAUAGAUGACAAUUUUGUGAGUUUUACUAUGUGUGUACAGAUUUUUGUAAAUAUGACAUUUUUGUAAUUUUAACUCCAUGUACAGUGUAAUCCUGUAUAGUUUAUCAAUGAAUGAGAGAUAGGAAAACGAAUGUUAACUGAAGUUUGGGAUCCUGGACCAGUAGCAGGGAUAAAUGUGUGUGUGUGUGAGACGUUCUUUGCCAUUUAGUCUUCCUGUAUACUGUGAUACUCUAAACUGUUUUGCUAAAACAAACAAAAAAGCCCCAUGGAGAAUCUAAUGGAUAAGGAAAAAGUUACUGUUUACCUUUAUCCCUAGGUGUCACUCCUGUUGAAUCCCUGUUCAAUCUGUGCUGUCUCCUGUGAUCGUUGCUUGCUAAGAAAAUUCUAUGCCUCAAUCUUCCUUUUUGUUUCCUCUCUAAUUUUAAUUUCAUUUUACAUAGCCCUUCUGUAAAUUAAAUGGAAUAAUAAUGAGCAUGUACACUGAAAGAAAAAUAAAAAGAGACUCUCAGUUACUGUUUUUGUGUUAAAUACAGUUGCUGGGUGUUUUUGUAAUAAAAUCAUGGUUGUUCUUGCUUUUUGUUUUCUUAUCAAUUAAUUCUUUUUUUUUUUUACUGUUUUUCAGCCAUUGUAUUAGAAGUACCUGACUAGUGUAUAGUGACUUUAUAGCCAGUUCAGUGUGUUCUCCAAAGAAACAGUAACUAACAUAACUUGAAAGAUACAUGAAAGCAUUUUGUAAGGUUUUGCCCUGAAGUGGAGAAGUCUUUAAACUGUGGUUGAUAGCACUGUGGGUUCUGCAUUGUGUUCAGAAAUGAGAUUGUUAUGCUCCUGUGGGCCCUUGGGGGAUCAUGGAAAUCAAUUGAGCUUCAAAGAGGGGAAUAUUGCACAGCAGAAGGGAGGAAAUGCCUGCAGUGAAAGCUGCAAAUGUGAAUUCUCCUUCACAGAAAAGCUUUGGGAGUCUCUGUGCCCUGAAUCAGCUCCAAGGUUAAUGCAGGGCACAGGGAAGGGACUCCUGCAGCCUCACCCUGCCUGCCCUGGCUCAGGGGGCUCUCACAGAAUGCUGUGGUCUCUCAACUGAGAUGCUGUGUGUGCUGAUUCUUAUUACUAAAAUGUGACAGCAAUCCUGAUGCUAACUUUAAUUUUAAUCCAUCCUUUUCUAAUAAAGGCUCCAGAUAAGCUGCAAGAGGAGAUAAAUCCUUGAUGGGAUGAUUUGAGUGAUGGCUAUGGAGGUGCCACCAAUAUCCUGCCCUCAGGCACAUUGAGUUGAAGUUCUUCAGAGGAGUGAGGUCAGGCCUGCUGCUGUAGUAUGAACCCUGAGACCUAGGACAGGAGCAGCAGCCAACCUGUGGUAUUUGUUAACUACAGUGGCUCCCAGCUUCACUUGUCAUGCUCUGGUGAGACCUAGUGACUGAAAUAGUAUUGAUAAUUAACAGUUCUCUCUUAACAACCCAUAUACUUCUCUAGGUCAGCCCCUUGAUAUUGAAAAAUUCUCUGCACAGACAAAAAAAUGAAAGGCAAUUUUGCAUCUUGGCUGGUGCUGCUGGGCUGAGCUCAUAGCAUUUGACUUUUGGGAGAGGCAGAUCUGAAGAAGCACCAGGAGAGACAAUGUGGAGCUGCUUUUAUGGAUUUCCUCACCCACCCUUUGUGGAUGCAGCUGUUCACAACUCUCUUGUCUGAGAUGUUUUGAUUUGUUUGCUCCUUUUUGGACUAAGCCAAGCUGUUCCUGAGCUGAUGCAUUAGAGAAGCAUGGUGGAGCAUUUAAGGACUUGCUGGCAUGAGAAGUUCAGGGAUGGGUAGAGGUGACUGGUGGGUUUGAAUCAGAAGAGAGGAAGGAGCAGAGGAGCUCUGGGGGCAGGGCAAGGCUGGCAGUGUGGCAGGAAGGAAGGAAAGGGAGGCUGGGUGAGGCAGGUCACCUGAACCAAGAGCUCCUCUGGGCAAAGGGCUGCUCAGGGGGGCAAGGGGCCAGCUCUGCCCCCUCCCAAAGGAACUGAGAGGUUUGGGCUGCAUCAGAUCCCAUUUUGCAGGUGGCCUUGUUCCUUGUGAUAAUCCUGUGUGGUUUGAUACAUAUCCUGCAUGUUGGCAACAUGUGCAUUGGUCCACCAUUUUGGAUUCAUGUGAUAAAACUGUUUGAUAUAAAGUUAAGUACAAUUGCAUUUUUAAUAAAACAUGUAGUGCAUUGA